CGCGCGCGUGUUCUGCCAGCUGUUGCUCAUUUGCCUCGCUCAAAUUGCACUUUUUGUUUACCUCGCUCGAAACCAAUUUAGUUUGAUUAAAAAAAUGUCCACCAAUGCUGCGAUAGAACUGGCCCUGGAUCGGGUGGACUGGCGCGACCUGGCCGCGCACGCGGAUCACUUACCAACGGUCUACACACCCGGCGAAGUGCUGAUGCCGGAGGCGGGAUUCAUGCGUGGCCAUGGAACCUUCGUGGAGGACGAGAACAUCAAGGCCUCGGUGGCUGGCGUGAUCCAGAAGGUCAACAAGUUGAUUUCGGUGCGUCCGCUGAAGAGUCGCUAUGUGGGCGAGAUCGGCGAUGUGGUGGUGGCUCGCGUCUGCGAGGUCCAACAGAAGCGCUGGCGCGUGGACACCAAUUCCCGGCUGGAUUCCGUCCUGCUCCUCUCCUCGGUCAAUCUGCCGGGCGGCGAACUGAGGCGCAGAUCCGCCGAGGACGAGCAGAUGAUGCGACGCUAUCUGGACGAAGGGGAUCUCAUCUCUGCGGAGGUUCAGAACAUCUUCGAGGAGGGUACUCUCUCCCUGUACACGCGCAGUUUAAAGUACGGCAAGCUGUCGCAGGGCAUCCUAGUCAAGGUUUUCCCCGCCCUCGUCAAGCGGCGAAAGAUGCACUUCCACAAUCUUCCCUGCGGCGCCUCCGUGAUCCUGGGCAACAAUGGCUACAUCUGGAUAUCGCCCACCAAGGGUCAGGAGCAAGAGGGCGGCGAGGGAGGAUUCGCUCUCAAUUUGAACGAGCAUAUUCCUCGCGGUGAUCGGGAAGUGAUUGCCCGGCUGAGGAACUCCGUCCUGGCGCUGGCCAAGUGCAAGCUGAUGAUCUACGACACUAGCAUUCAGUACGCCUACGAGGAGUCCCUCAAGUACGAGGCCCACGAGCUGCUCCAACAGAAUGUCAUCUAUGACAUCGGCGAACAAACGCAGGCUCGCCUGAGAGACGCCGAUGAUUAGUCUGGGAUUUAUAUAUGAAUAAGAUAAAUAAAUAUAGCCUUUUCUUUUUCGAAAAUAUUAGGUAAUUUAUGUUUUAAGAAUCAUUUUGGGGUGAAUUGUUUUGUAAAAUAGACCCUUAAUGAAAAUCGUUACUUUUGACGAUGGUCUUAAAUUCAUAACACAUUAAAAACUC